UUUAUCCUCUCCUGGCACCCUUGGGGACGUGUGGGUGUGCAGCCACAGCUAAUGCUGAGCUUGACUGAAAAUCAGAUUAGCCAGAAAAUUGUAUUUCCACUUCCUGAGAUUGCCAGGUGUGUACAAAACUACCUGAGGAGAGAACAACUGCCCACCACCUUCUGCCUGAAAAGCAUCAAAUAUUUCUGUCUGGAGCAGAAUGAAGCCAGGGGUUGGUGUGACUGUGUGUGGGGUGGGCUCGUCCUGUUUUAGAGGGUUGGAAUUUCCUUCAAGUAGGACCUGGGGGAAUGGAAGUGGCUCCAGCCAGAGCCAGAUGACCAAAGGAAAGCAGAGAAAAUUUCUCCCCAUCACUGAGGGCCACCAGCCACUCCCACGGGCUGUGCCAACUCUUUGUCUGGUGCAAAAUACAAGGACUGUGUCCCUCUCACCAGGAGUUUUGAUAGAAAUUAGUUUACCAGGUUGAUAUAUUACAAAUACAUCAAUUAGGGGGUUUAACAGAUUGAUAUAUUACAAAUACAUCAAUUAGGGGGUUUAACAGAUUGAUAUAUUACAAAUACAUCAAUUAGGGGGUUUAACAGGUUGAUAUAUUACAAAUACAUCAAUAGAGUGUUUAACAGAUUGAUAUAUUACAAAUACAUCAAUUAGGGGGUUUAACAGGUUGAUAUAUUACAAAUAUAUCAAUUAGGGAGUGCUUGUUACCCCUGAUGCUGAGGUUUCACCCACACACCCAGAGCUGUAUCACCCCAAAAAGUGAUUUAUACAUCCAAUUCCCCAAGCUGGGAAUUUUGGAGGACUUUGACACCUCCCAGUGGUGAAUCUCAGCUGCAAGGAGGUGCUGAAGUGGGAAGGAGGCAGCAGGCAAAGCUCAGGAGUGCUGAGGGCUCUUGGACACUGCAGCUGCUGGAGGUACAAAACCCUUCCCAUGAAAAUUGGAAUUUUUGGGGCUCAUGGCAGGGAUUUGUAGAAUUCUGGCUGUAAAACCCCAAAAGCAGCAGUGCUACCCUGUAAAACUCUUUGCUCCCAGCGUGGUCCAUGGUCCACCAGUGAUGGGUGUCUUUAUUUAUUUGCUGUCUUAGAAUUCUGCAUAUUUAUGCAGCUAAAGGCCUGCGGGCCCACACGCUGGCAGCCGCAGAGCGCAUGAAAGCCCUGAGGAGACUCGAUGCCAAGGAGCACAGAGGAAAGACUCCCCUGCUGGUGGCUGUCACUGCCAGGCAGGCAGCCAUCGUCCACGACCUCAUCCAGGCAGGAGCAGACGUCAACGCCGUGGACAACAAGGGCCAGUCAGCUUUACACCUUGCUGCAACCUAUGGCUACACCCAAGUCCUCCAGGUUAUUCUGUCACUGGGUUUCCCCCUGGAUCUGGAAAUGAAGGAUUUUGAAGGCCAUACCCCUCUGCACUGCGCUGUGCUGGCCCACAACACCCUGCUGAGGGAGCAGGGCAGGCAGGCAGUGUCACAGGAGCAGCACAGGGAGCUCCAGCAGCAGAGCAGGGAGCUGGAAUCCUGCAUCCAUCUCCUGGUGCAGACUGGAGCCUCCAUCUACAGCCGGGAUGUGAAAAGCAACAAGACAGUUCUCCAUUACACAGUGCAGGAUGGGAAUGUCUCCCUGCUCAGGUACUUCCUGGAGCUGAAUGCUUUCAUGUCCAAGGAUUUUGUCAACAGCAAGGCCCAUGGAAACACCGCCCUGCACAUGGCAGCUGCAUUGCCUGGGGACAAGAACCAGGAGGAAAUCAUCCAGCUGCUCCUGGAGCACGGGGCAGACCCCAGCAUCAGGAAUUUGGACAAUGACCAGCCAAUCCACAUGGCCCCUGCUGGAAAAGCUGGGGAGCAGGUCAGGAAUUUGCUGAAGAAAGGGAAAGUCACACCUGCAUUCAACUCCUGCCACAGAAAUGCCAGAUCCUGAUUUAUCUGCACUUUAUGGAACGGUUUCAACUCCAGCUUCUGCCUCCUAUAAAAACUGUGAGGGUGGUUCUGCAGCACCUCCCAGCUCCUCCAGGCUUCAGGCAGGCUGGGGUGAGAGUGUUCUCAACCUGUGGCCACGAGCAGCACGUCAGACAGCAGAAGAUGAGCAUUCAAUGGUUGAAAACUCAAUUUUGGUGACAGAAAAUGCGAAUAAACCUCCAGCAAGGAGGUGAGCAAAUCAAGGAGCUGCUACAUAAAUAAGUAAAUAUUCCAAGUAAGAUCAAAGCACAGCCAAGGUUUGAAACCCCUGGGGCUGACAGAGCACAAGGUGACAGUUUGGCUAUAAAAGGUUGAGAAAUGCUGCUCUGAGACACCCCCAGACUGUGCCUCUGGCUGGGGACUGCUGGAAAUGCUGCAGCCUCUGUGAUGUGCAGCUCCACUGGCCCUGCUCCCCUGGGAGUGCAGGAUCCUGAGGGGCAGAGCCUGGAUGGAGAACCUGAGUCAGCCCUGGCUGGACAUCCAAAGCCAAGAGCCCCAAGGAGGGGUCCUGGAAGCUGGAAUUCGCAUUCUCAGCACUGUGGGAGGGCUCUGGAGCAGCUCCUCAGGGCCAGCCCAAGGACAGAAACAGCUGCUGUGAGAACGAGGACAUGGGGCAGCUCUGUGUGGCUCCUGAGGGGAGACUUCCAAUGCAAUGCAAUCCAAUCCAACCCAACCCAACCCAAUCCAAUCCAAUCCAAUCCAAUCCAAUCCAAUCCAAUCCAAUCCAAUCCAAUCCAAUCCAAUCCAAUCCAAUCCAACCCAAUCCAACCCAAUCCAAUCCAACCCAAUCCAACCCAACCCAAUCCAAUCCAAUCCAAUCCAAUCCAAUCCAAUCCAAUCCAAUCCAAUCCAAUCCAAUCCAAUCCAAUCCAAUCCAACCCAAUCCAACCCAAUCCAAUCCAACCCAAUCCAACCCAACCCAAUCCAAUCCAAUCCAAUCCAAUCCAAUCCAAUCCAAUCCAAUCCAAUCCAAUCCAAUCCAAUCCAAUCCAAUCCAACCCAAUCCAACCCAACCCAAUCCAACCCAAUCCAACCCAACCCAACCCAAUCCAACCCAACCCAAUCCAACCCAACCCAAUCCAACCCAAUCCAACCCAAUCCAAUCCAACCCAAUCCAAUCCAAAACCAUCCAAUCCCAUCCAGUCCAAUCCAAUCCCAUCCAAUCCAAUCCAAUCCAACCCAAUCCAAUCCAAUCCAACCCAACCCAAUCCAACCCAAUCCAACCCAACCCAAUCCAAUCCAAUCCAACCCAACCCAAUCCAAUCCAAUCCAAUCCAAUCCAAUCCAAUCCAAUCCAACCCAACCCAAUCCAAUCCAAUCUAAUCCAACCCAAUCCAACCCAAUCC